CUUUGAGAUCUUGGUGGAAAACCCGCUGGAGCUGUACAGCGGCGCCGUGGAGAUCCAAGACAUCAAUGACAACGACCCGGUUUUUCCCAGCAGCCAGGCGAGGCUGGAAAUCAGCGAGUCGCUAGAGAGCGCGCAAGACCCCGAUGUGGGAAUUAACUCUUUGCAGACCUACCAGCUCAGUGCCAACCCGCACUUUGCUCUCGACGUGCAGACGAGGGUGGAUGGCAGCAAGUACGCGGAGCUGGUGCUAGAGAAGGAGCUGGACAGAGAGGAGCAACGGGAGCUUCAUCUGGUCUUGACUGCGCUGGAUGGAGGCAGCCCACCAAGGUCGGCCCACGUGCAGAUCCACAUUGACGUUGUGGACGCCAAUGAUAACGCCCCGGUCUUCAAUCAGUCCACUUACAAGGCAAGUGUGAGGGAGAACACGCCCAGCGGUACCCUGGUGGCCAAGAUCAGUGCGUAUGAUCUGGAUGAUGGGCCCAAUGGAGACAUCAUCUAUUCCUUCAGCAGCCAUACACCCGCCAAGGUACGAGAGCUCUUUGCUCUGGACUCAGCCACGGGGGAGUUGAGGGUCAACGGGCAGCUGGACUAUGAGGAAGCGAAAUUGUACGAGAUAUACUUACAGGCUAAAGACAAGGGUGUUGUUCCUGGCGUGGCUCAUUGCAAAGUGCUGGUGGAAGUCGUGGAUGUAAAUGACAAUGCUCCAGAGGUGACAGUGACUUCUGUGUACAGCCCUGUGCCCGAAGAUGCGGCCCCAGGGACAGUUGUAGCUCUGCUGAGUGUAACGGACUUAGACUCCCAUGACAACGGCCUGGUGAACUGCCUCAUUUCCCCUGGGAUCCCGUUCAUGCUCAGCUCCUCCCUCAAAAAUUACUACACAUUAAAAACAAAAGCAGGUCUGGACCGGGAAAAGGCAUCGGAGUAUAACAUCACUAUCACAGCCAAGGACUCGGGCUCACCACCCUUGUCUGCAGUGAAACAGAUCCUGGUGCAGGUGUCGGAUGUCAACGACAACGCGCCCAAAUCUUCCCAGGACUCCUAUGAUGUGUAUGUGCUGGAGAACAACAUACCUGGCAUCCCCAUCCUUAAUGUGAGCGCCACAGACCCGGACCUUGGGCGCAACGCCCUUCUCUCCUAUACCCUCUUGCAGGGUGACCCCACUGUAGGCCACCUCUUCUCCAUCAACCGGGAGAAUGGCACUCUUUACCUGCUCACCUCCCUGGACCAUGAGGACCAGGUGGAGUUCCACAUGAUGGUGCAGGUCCAGGACGGUGGCUCUCCGCCUCUGGCCACUAACAUCUCAGUCAGUGUGUUUGUCACUGACAUCAAUGACAAUCCCCCAACUGUGCUGUACCCUCACCCCAAUACCACUGCCACCUAUACCGAUGUGGUGGCACCAGGCACUCCUGCUGGGCACAUGGUCACCAAGGUGGUGGCAGUGGAUGCGGAUGCAGGGUACAAUGCCUGGAUAUCCUAUACCCUGUUGAAAGCCACUGACCCCAGUCUCUUCUCAGUUGGUCUGCACAGCGGGGAGAUCUUCACGGCCCGCCAGCUCCAGGAGGAUGACCCUCCCCAGCACACGCUAGUCAUCCUCCUUAAAGAGUCCACCAGCGCCACUGUCUCCAUCUCUGUGGCUGAGAUGGUCAAGGAGGUGCUCACUGACGUUACUGACAUGGCACCUGCCAGUGAUCCCAGGAAGCAUGUGACUUUCUAUCUCAUCCUGGCUGUGAUUUUGGUGUCAGCAGCUUUUUUCAUCACCAUUUUGUCAGUGGGCAUCUUCAAGUGCUACAAGUGGAGGCAGUCAAAGGAGAUGUUCAACAGCUCCAGGAGCACCCUGUACAGGACACCAGGGCCCUUCCACCACAUUGAUGCUGUGCGGGGUGGCUUCACGCCCCCUAACUUCUACCACCAGGUCUAUCUCACUACGGAUUCUCGACAAAGUGAUGUCCUGUGUAAAAAACCCUUCACUUCCAGCCCUAUGGGGAGCUGUCAAAGCACCAUGAGGAAUGGUGAAUCAGGGCUGUACCACCAGAUCGUGGGCACUGCCAGCCGGCUCCCUGCACCUGCUGAGCUCCCCAGCGCCUGCUGCGUCCCGGGACGGACGCGCACGGACAUGGAGAGCAUCAGGCUCCAGCGACCCGCCUGGAAAUGGCAAGUACUGAGUUUGUUUUCCCUCUUCGGCUGGGGCUGGGUCUCCGGGCAGAUCCGCUACUCGGUGGUUGAAGAAUCUGAGGUGGGAACCGUGGUAGGGAACGUGGCCCGGGACCUGGGCUUGAAGGUGGAGGAGCUGCCAGGUCGCAGGUUGCGCCUGGGCUCAGAGGAGAGCCAGCGUCACUUUGCCGUGCGCCUGGACAGCGGAGCGCUGGUGCUGAGCCAGCAGCUGGACCGGGAGCGGCUGUGCGGAGCGGCUGCCAGCUGCGUGCUGUCGGUGCAGGUGGUGACGGAGACCCCCCUGCAGCUCUUCCGCCUGGAAGUGGAGAUCCUGGAUCUGAACGACAACUCCCCGAGUUUCCCCACCGCUCACCGCACCCUGCGCAUCGCUGAGUCCGCCACGGUGGCUGCGCGCUUCCCCCUGGAGAGCGCCCAGGACCCCGAUGUGGGCAUCAAUGCCGUGGGCUCCUACAGGCUGAGCCCCAACUCACACUUCUCCUUGGACGUCAAGCAGCAGCAGGAUGGCAAACUCUUCCCAGAGCUGGUGCUGGAGCGUGCCCUGGACCGGGAAGAGCAGCCAGAACUGCAGCUGGUGCUGACGGCCGUGGAUGGGGGAAGCCCGGCUCGCUCGGGCACGGCGCAGAUAACUGUUCUGGUCCUGGAUGUCAAUGAUAAUGCGCCCACCUUUGAUCGUGCCACAUACAAGGUGAAAGUCCCAGAAAACACACCUGUGGGGGCCCUGCUCCUCCGGCUCAACGCGUCUGACCCCGAUGAGGGCCCCAAUGGGGAGACGCAGUACUCUUUUGGGGUUCACACCUCUGACUCCGUCCAGAGGCUCUUCACCCUGGAUCCCCGCAGUGGUGAGAUCCGGGUGAAUGGAGCCCUGGACUUUGAGGAAUCGCCUUUCUAUGAGAUCUACGUGCGUGCCCAUGACGGGGGGGUUCCGGAGAUGGAGGGCCACUGUGUACUGCAGGUGGAAGUGGAGGAUGCCAAUGACAACCCCCCCGAGGUGCUGCUCACCUCCCUGCUACGAGUACUUGAAGACCCCCCCCCAGAGACUGUUGUGGGGCUCUUCAAUGUACGGGACCGAGACUCAGGGGCAAAUGGGGAUGUGAGCUUGGAGAUCUCCCCCGAUGUGCCUUUUGCCAUCAGGUCCCUUCAGAACCAUUUCUCCUUGGUCACCCAGGAAAGCCUGGACCGAGAGUCCACCUCACAGUACAUAGUGGAGCUUAUCGCAGAGGAUGGUGGGUCUCCUGCCCUCACCACGACUCUCACGCUGCUCCUCAAUGUAUCUGAUGUGAAUGACAACCCCCCACGCUUCUCACAGCCCUCCUAUGAUGCCUUCAUCCCAGAGAACAACCCACCUGGCUCCCUGCUGUGCACUGUCUCUGCCUCAGACCCCGAUGAUGGGGCUAAUUCCCGGCUUGUUUACUCCAUAGAGAGUGGCCAAGUGCAGGGUGCUCCCACCUCUUCCUUUGUCCAUAUCAACCCUGACAAUGGCAACCUCUACGCACAGCGCACCUUUGACUUUGAGCUGCUGCAGGUUCUGCCGGUUUCUGUGGCCGUGCGGGACUCAGGGUCCCCCCCGCUCUAUGCCAACGUUACUGUCUACAUCUUCGUGCUGGACCAGAAUGACCACCCCCCCACCAUCCUGCAUCCUGCCAGUGACGACAACGACCCGGCACCUCAGAGGGUCCCGCUGUCUGCCCCACCGGGCUACCUGGUUGCCAAGGUGACAGCAGUGGAUUUGGAUGCUGGGCACAAUGCUUGGCUCUCCUACCACCUGCUGCCACAGUCCACUGACCCCUCCUUGUUCCAUGUGUCGCUGUACACUGGGGAGGUGCGGAUGGCACGUGCCCUCCAGGACACCGAUGUGGAGCUGCAGCAGCUCAUCAUCCAGGUGAUGGACAAUGGUGACCCACCGCUCUCCACCACUGUCACCAUCACCGUGGCCCUGGAGGAGAUGGCCCUGGAGGAAAGCUACAAACCUCAGAAUUUCCUGGCUGGGCUCCGACCGGAGCGACUUCACCUUCCUGCGCCCUUGCCCACCCUCCGCGACCCUCCCGAGGCAAACCGGGACUUUCGUUCCCAUUACCG